CUAGUCGCUACAGUAGUUGAAUUAUCGUAUACAGUUGAUUUUCCUCAAAAUCUAUUAUUUUACUUAUUAACUACAUCUGUUUGCUGUGUUAGAUAAAUUAGAAAGUAUUUCAUUAUAUAAAAAUACACUUUUUUAUUCAAACAGCAUUUAUUUUGCCGCCAUAAUAUCAGAUGUUGAUAGUUCGAAAUUGGUGUGUGGAUCAAGUCAAACUGUCUAAAUUUUUACAAGAUUGUGGUAGGAUAUCGCGAUAUCUGCUGAUAAAAAGCCCUUUCAUUAAAAAGUUCGCGUGAUCUUAACAUUUUAACAUCUUAUUUCGUCAAUCAAGCGUUCUCGUUUCCUUGUAAAGUCAGUGUCAGUGUUAGACAUAAGCAUUAAAAAUCUCUCUAUUUUUUUUUCGUGUAUAUCUAACCCUUCGGUAUCCAUUUUUAUCAUAAUAGUUUUUAAGACCGAAUUGUUCCAGUUACAGAUGUGCUUUGUACAAAUCCGAUGCGGUUUAUUAUGUUUCUGAAUGCAUCGGACAAAUCUGUUUUUUGACAUCAAUGUGUUCCGGAGAUGGUGUGUAAGGAGGAAUUUCUAAAAUGGUUUAAAGACUUAGAUAGUUAUAAACGGAUUGAUAUGUUAUGUGAAUUAAUAAAUAUGUGUGUUCCAUUCGAGCUGCGGUUUAUCGGCAGCUGUGUAGAAGAAAUGGGCAAGCAUAGUUAUCAAGAGCUUCGGCAGCAAGCAUUGUUUGCCAAUAACCUUGAGAAGCUGGAGAAGGAUGUAAUGUUUAAAAAUCAAAGUUUAUACGAAGAAGCUGUGCGACAUAGAGUGUUAAUAAACAUUUCUUUAUUAAAAUCUAGAAAUUAUAGUGUAGCUAAUUGGUAUUCGAAAAAGUUUUUAAGGACAGACUAUAUCGAAGAUCUAAUUCAUAAAGAGAAAGACGAAUUAGUGCAAAACGAACUGUUGUUGUUGUUCACUAUGGCCUCUAGGCAUCCCGCAUUUAGUUUUGACCAAAAGCAAUUCUUUUCUAGCAUUCUUUUACAACUGCAUAAUAUUAGGGAUAGUCGGUUUAUCAAACAAUCGAACACAUAUGGUUACCCUCCAGGAUUUGGUUAUCCAACAGAUCAUCGAAAGGUUCCAGACGGCACUUCUUUUCCUAUUAAUUUCCAUGUACAGCCACCAGGACUUCCUAAUAUGGAAUAUGCAUUGCCUCAUUUAAGGGGUUGGCCUGGUCUGCAUUGUGGAGCACCAGCUGAGGUGCCACCUUUUCCUCCUCACCAGCCUCCAUUGCAGCCGCCUCAACCGGCCACCUCGCCCCUAGUCACCUCGCCCAGUCAGUCACGUAGUACGUCGCCGCACCGAACGUCUAUAGCUUCCAGAGCUCCGGCAUUAAGUAUAUUAACGACGCUCGCACCUACGGUGGCAAUACCGACCAUUGCACCAGCAGGUGUUGUACCAUCAGCUCCAGGUAUUCCUCCUCCAGGUGGAAUACCCCUUCCUGCUCCUUCAGUGGCAUCGGUACCUACCAUGAUACCCGUGCCGUUAGAGGCUCUGGCACCACCCGCUCAACUGAGCCAAUCUAGUCAACCUUCGCCAAUUUUUAAUUCUAUUAAGCCAGGACAGCCAGAAUGUGAUGAGUUAAGUACGAACAUAAAGGAAGAGCCACCGAUCAAGCCUCCUAUAAUAAACGCUUGGUUGGGCCCGCCCGAAGCAAAGCAACUUAAUGGUAUGCGAAUACCGCCUUUUCCACAAAGCAAUAUUAGGACGUCCAUAGCGGAUCAUAUGCAGGCCAUGUCGCUCACAGACGAAAACUCUCAUUAUCAGUCGUCAAGUAGUAACAGUACUCCACCUCAAUCGCCCCCUGACACUCCCUCAAACAUGUCGUCGAACACGUCUACUCCUCACGGGCCGGGUAGGGGGCCAAUGGAGAAGAACAGGAUCAACGGCAUGCCCAGUUUUAUGCAUCCCUUUGGGGACACUACGUCACCUCCACCACCACCUGCGUUCACUUUUUCCUAUGGUCCCUUGCCGCAAAACAGAUUUUAUUCAAAUGCCGCUUUUAGACCGGCCACGACGACCUACUGUCAGUACCCGUACCCCAACCAGGAAACCACGACGUUCGCUCCCUACACUAUCCCGUACAUUUCAGUCCUGUAUCCCAGUUGUUACACUCCCGCCAAUCCCCUACCUCCGAGGCACCCUCCCGGAUGUUACAACUGCGGCGCCACGGGUCAUCUCGGGCAGGACUGCACCCUGCAGAACAUCGACGAGAUCACCCAGAAAAAGACCUACAGUGUGGAUUUUAGCCCAGUGCAGUCGGACGGCGGCGAAAAAUGAUACAACUAAGUAGGAGUCACAUUUAGAACACAGAUUUUUCAGUACGCCACUGCGCGUGCGUAUAGCUAGAAGGAGGCUGUUUUUGCGCGGGUUGGAAUUCAAAAAUCAGUUUAUCGCUGGAGACGACCCUGCAUCAAUGGCAGGAACGUAUCGAUAGGGCUAAAGUUGACGAUGGGCUGAUUUUUUCCGAUUUGGCAAGGAAUUCAGCUUAACACACGAUCACGGCGAAAUCGUGACUCUAAACGAAAGACGAUCCUAGCGAUCGUCGAUUGAACGAAUGAGGUAGUAGAGUAAGAUCCCAGAGCGAUCAGACAUAAGUUAUUUUCACAAGGAUGAAUUCUUAGACUCUCAGUAGUGCUCUCAUGUGCUUUGAAUACCGGCGUGUUUGUGAGUUUCGUCCUGUGACACCUUUGCAGAUACCAGGUGAGCUAGCUAACUAAGUAACAUAACUUAAAUUUGUAUGGCUGAUUUUUAUAUAUAUGUUAGGCUAAAAUGGAUACUUUGCUAGUUUUCAAACUAGCCAUCUAUUUUGCAAACAAAUAGCAAAACCAACACCACAAACUGACAGCUAACCAACAAAAUAACAGCGCUUUUUGCAAAAUAGCUGGCUAUUUUGAAAACUAUCCACUUUAGCCGUAACAUAUACAGGUUGUUAAUUUGUUUAUUACUCGCGGCUUUAUGGUUGAAAUAUGGCAACCUCGGCUCGCUCGUCGAUAGACGACGGCGACGCCACGGGACGAGUCGGCAGAAAACCCUAUAAGUGCAUGCUUUCUCAAUAAGCAGUGUUGUCAUUCUGUUCCCCUAUAAGUAACUAUCAAGUUAACAACCUGUAUAUAUAUUGUAGAAUAUUACUCUGAAGUAGUAUCAGACACUUUCCAUGGACCAGAACUUUUAUCAGACGCUUUAAAGCUCCACAAGGAAUUAAUUAACUUUUUUAUUUAUUUUUAAAUGUCUGAUUUUUACAUAUGUGAUUAAGACAGCUAUUAAAAAGUUAUAUUUAAUCAGCCAGGCAAAACGUAAUGACCAAACAUCCCUUAAAAAAAUAAAUAAGCUCAUGUUAUUUAAACAGAGAUGCAAAAAUAUUAAAUCGAAAGCAGUAGGUAUUUUUAAAAUAUUUAAAUACUUUACUCGGAAACGCAUAGUUCUCAGGCGCUCACAGUCACGGCUGAAUAAUUUUGUGUUUAGGGGAUGUUUGGUCAUUACAAUCUGUCUGACUGAUUAAAUAUAACUUUAUAAUAGAUGUCUUAAUAACAUAUGUAAAAAUAAGUAAAGUUCAUUUAUUUCUUGUUGAGCUUUAAAGCGUCUGAUAAAAGUUUUGGUCCAUGGAAAGUGUCUGAUACUUCAGAGUAAUAUUCUACAAUAUAUAUAUAAAAAUCAUCCAUACAAAUUUAAGUAACUCUUAUUUUUAGUUACCGUUCUCACAUGGUAUCUGCCAAAGUGUCACACGGCGAACCCCACAAACACGCCGGUAUUCAAAGCACAUGAGAGCACUACUCAGAGCCUAAGGUUUCAUCUUUGUGAAAAUCAGUUAUGUCUGAUUGCUGCUCUAGGAUUUUGGACUAUAACUGUAACUAUCGCCUAAAGCUGAAACGUUUGUAACGUUAUAUGUGUAUUUUUUUAUGUCUACUACACAUACGAAAAACGUUUUUUGUCGUAUAUAUUUUUAUACAAGUAAUUUUUUAUUUGGGUGAUGUGACAAAAAAGUUUUACAACUUCUCAAUCGAUUGUAUGGUUGUUCUACAGUAGAACCGUGUCUAUUAUACGUGAUAUUUUUUGCCAAUCAACGAAAAAUCAGCGUCGAUCAUCAGCUUGUUACUCGAUAUCGGUUGGCACUAAAAACGGAUUUUUUAGAAACUCCCUCUACUAUAGGUGAAAUAACGAUUUUUAUUGUUGCUGUGAUUGGGGAGUGAAAUCUGUUUUUCUGUUUAGUUAUUUAUAUAUAAUAUGUAUGUCCCAACAUUUUCGAGUUUUCGAAUUCGUCUUUGUAUUUAAAUUUAAGCGUACAUGCGAGGUCGGCAUAUUUUUUUAGACUUUUUUUCUCUUGAAGUGUACUUUGAAACGCAAAUAAGCUUUUUUUACUUGGUACAUGAUAAUUAAUUAUUGGAAAUGAUUUACAAUACCGGUGAAAUAUUUUUUUUUACUUUACAAAUAGGACUUUUCUUUUUUACUGUACAAUAUACCCACUUUAACAUUGAGAUUCUCUAAAUCUUCAUUUUCUAUACCAAACGUAUUUUCGAUAUAAACAAGAAAUAAUUGGACAUCGUAUCGCCCAUAUAAAUGUGUAUAAGAGAAAUGAAUGCUUGAUAAACAACGUUGUGUCUUUAUUUUCUAUUGAGAUAGACAUAUAUGUAAUAUAAACAUUCAUCUGUACGUUAGUAGAUCUCAGUUCUUAAACUGAAUAGACUGUGUAGUUCGCUUAUAUUUUUUAAUGUUAGCAUCUUAGAUAUACUAUAGAAUGAUCGAAAAAAAAAAGGUCGUCAUUUCCAAGACAACUGAACGCCGUUUUUUUUUAUGAUACGGUACAUAGAACUAUAAUAAAAAUAUAAACUCACUCAAGUCAAUAUAUUUAGUGUUUAUAACUUAUUUAUUAAAACACUAAUACGUCAUCAAUUAUCUGAGUGUUCCUAUUGCAAAAAUAAAUGAAAGCAUAUUUUAAUUUUAAAUGCCUACAUUAAUGCUAUUUUUAGUAGAAUAAUCCUUUACUACUUACUUUUCUACUAAUGAGAAUUUUCUAAAAAUCUAAACUAUGGUAGAAUGUUUAUUUACAUUUGCUUUGUUUAUCUACGCUUCACAACAAAGUAUAAACAAAAGAGUCCAUUUAUUUUUUAUAGUCAAUGAUAUUCAAGCAAUAUUCAUUUUAUCCAAUUUAUUUAUUCCAGUUUAUUAUUACUAUUAUGUUAAAAAACAAAAACUUUAUAUUUUACACCUUUUUUUCACUAUUUUAACAUAUAUCCAGAACGCUUUAUAUCUUGAAGAUAGAAAGAAGUCCAUUAUUAUUUUGGGUAUAGUUGAAUCAUUCAAAUUUGCCAUAUUGUAACUAUUUUUUAUUUAUUAUUUUAUUGAUUUGUUGUGAUUUUGUUACUUUUUUACUACCAAUAUUGUCAAAUUAUAUAAGUUGAUCAAUUUAGGACCGUAUCUACAAAGAUAAUAGUCUUAGCCGUAUAAUUUGAGUAUAGUGUCUGGGAUCUCAUUGGCACUAAUUUUUUUUGUUGGUCACAUAAGACUAUUAACUGGUAAUACAUGUGAAGGUGAGAAACCUGUAUCUGUACAUUAUCAAGGUUCUACUGUAAAUAGUGACUUAUAGUUUAAAGUUAAUAUUUAAAUAUUGAUAUAUUUAUAAUACAAUCAGUAUGACUGAAGUUUAACUUAAAUGAGAUUAUUAAAUAAAAAUGAUUUUCUA